AUGCCCAUGUCCCGCCGCUCCUCCUCUCUACUGGCACCUACCCACACCGUCCUCCCUGGACGCCCCAUCUUUCUCUGUGCAAAGCCGGAACCAGACAAUGCUAGCAUCACUUGCCUGUGGUGCCCCAGAAGGCCGGAAGAUUCUGCACAUGGGUUCAAGGCUCACGCGAUGACACCAGAUGGCAAAAUGGACGAUGAUGAAGCAACUAUGUCACAGGACGAUGCCUACAGGAUGACGAUGGGUUCUGAGGUCAUUGACAGCUGGUCUACAUGUUUCUUUUCAAAUUAUAUAUUAGCACAUCCUUUUUACACAGUUUCUUUCCCUCGUCUAAGGCCCAAAGUCAUCCAAAAAUGCAUUAAGUGCAAUAAUGUGGCUCCCCCUCCCUCCAACAUUCCUCACCACCACCCUUCCAUUAUUCCCCCUCCCUUCAUUGCUCCCCCUCCCUCUGUUGCUCCCCCUCCCAUUUCUCCCCCUCCCUCCAUUGCUCCCCCUCCCAUUGCUCCCCCCUCCAUCCAUUCCCACCUCACCCUUCACCACUCCCUCCCUUCACCACUCCCUCCCUUCACCACUCCCUCCCUUCACCACUCCCUCCCUUCACCACUCCCUCCCUUCACCACUCCCUCCCUUCACCACUCCCUCCCUUCACCACUCCCUCCCUUCACCACUCCCUCCCUUCACCACUCCCUCCCUUCACCACUCCCUCCCUUCACCACUCCCUCUCUCCUCCAUCACUCCUUCCCCCUCCCUCCCCCCUCACUCUCUACUACAUCCUCCCCCCUCCAUCACUUCCCCCUGUCUUCCCCCCUCCCUUAA